CCCAAUCGCUUCACCUCCUCUCUCUCUCCGAUCCUGCAUUUCGGUAAAAAAAUCGCUUUUUUAGGAGAGAAGGAGGAAUUCCAAAGAUGCAGAGGGUUUGUAGAAGGCUUCUGUCGAGAGAGGAUUUCUUCCAUUGCUGUAGAAGCAAUCGACGCUUCUUUUCUUCGUUGGCGGAGAGAGAAGACGCCUCGUCUCUCCAUGACAAUGCCGUUCUUCCCAAAAUGCCCCCGUUCGAUUACUCUCCCCCGCCGUACACUGGUCCUUCUGCGGCUGAGAUCUUGCAGAAACGAAAGGAGUUUCUCAGCCCUUCGAUGUUCUGCUUUUACGAAAAACCCUUGAAUGUCGUUGAUGGCAAGAAACAGUACUUGUUUGAUGAGGAUGGUCGACGCUAUCUCGAUGCUUUCGGAGGGAUUGCCACCGUUUGCUGUGGGCAUUGCCACCCUGAAGUAGUGGAAGCGAUCAUUAGUCAGACUAAGCGGUUGCAACAUUCAACUGUUUUGUAUCUAAAUAAUGCCAUUGCAGACUUUGCAGAGGCAUUGGCUUCCAAGCUACCUGGAGACCUCAAGGUUGUGUUCUUCACUAAUUCUGGUACAGAAGCAAAUGAACUAGCUAUGAUGAUUGCUCGGCUGUAUACGGGCAACCAUGAUAUUAUAUCAAUCAGAAAUGCAUACCACGGAAAUGCUGCCGGAACAAUGGGUGCAACUGCUCAGAGUAAUUGGAAAUUCAAUGUUAUUCAGAGCGGAGUCCACCAUGCUAUGAACCCAGAUCAAUAUAGAGGCAUUUUUGGCUCUGAUGGAGAAAAAUAUGCAAAAGAUGUUCAAGAUAUGAUCGACUAUGGAACCUGUGGACGUGUUGCUGCAUUCAUUUCAGAAGCAAUUCAGGGUGUGGGGGGGAUUAUGGAACUGGCACCAGGGUAUUUGCCAGCUGUAUAUAGCAGCAUAAAGAAAGCUGGUGGUCUCUGUAUAGCUGAUGAGGUCCAAUCAGGUUUUGCUCGAACAGGAAACCAUUUCUGGGGAUUUGAGGCCCAUGGCGUUGUACCUGACAUAGUGACAAUGGCGAAGGGUAUUGGAAAUGGGCUACCUAUUGGGGCGGUUGUCACCACUCCUGAGAUUGCACAGGUCUUGACCCAGCGCAGCUACUUCAACACCUUUGGUGGCAAUCCCGUGUGUACUGCUGGAGGGCAUGCCGUCCUCCAAGUACUUGAGAAAGAAAAGCUUCAAGAGAAUGCUUUGAUCGUGGGGUCUUAUCUAAAAGACCGCCUCAAGUCCCUCCAGGAAAAGCAUGAAAUCAUUGGUGAUGUGAGAGGAAGAGGCCUGAUGCUUGGAGUUGAACUCGUCACAGAUCGCCAAUUGAAAACUCCUGCCAAGGCUGAAAUCUUGCAUGUCAUGGACCAGAUGAAAGAAAUGGGAGUAUUGGUUGGAAAAGGUGGCUUUUUCGGAAACGUGUUUAGAAUAACCCCUCCUCUGUGCUUCACCAAGGAAGAUGCAGACUUCUUUUUUGACGUGAUGGAUUACUCGAUGUCGAAGAUGUGAAGCACUCCCGCUUGCUAUAAUAUGAAUAAAAGUGUCGUAAUCUAAUAUCCUCGUCAUUAAUCCAUAUAUUCUCUCUUUAGUAUAUAUAUAAAUGCCUAAUCGAUUGCGAAUGUAUAUGGGUCUCUUUCUUUUGAAUAAAAGGUUGUAAUUAUCUUGCAAGGAGAUGAUGAUGAUGAUGAGACACCACCUCGAUGUCUCUCUCUGGCUCUUAUCUUUCUAGUUUCCUUUCUCCCUCAUCUUUGUAGGUGACCCACCGAACUGAAACACUUGCAUGUGAUUUCCUGCUUUUUCAUGUUUUCUUUUAUUAGAACAAUCUCUCUGGAUUGGAUGCUA